AUGUCUUCUCGUCACCGUCAUAAACGGUCCCGGGCAAGAGAUUCUCAUCGGGAAGCGUCGCCUCCCAAGAAGAAAAAAUCCGCGGAAAAGCAAGACAAGUUAGACGCCAUUCUCGCGUCCCUAAUCGAAUUAAAGUCGGAUAUUACGGCUUGUAACUCGAGAAUCUCAGACAUGGAAGUCAAAAAUGCACUUUACGAAGCUGCCUUUAGUCCCCUAAACCGGUUUACCGACCACGAGGAAAAUAGUAUUGACGACCAACUGUCAGUUAUGGCGGGAAACGAUCUUAGUUCUCUGGAUGGUAUAAACGGGGAAACACAAUCCCUUAAUCCAGCUAUUAAGCCACCAGAUAUGGUUAUUAAACCACCAGAUAUGGCUAUUUUAAUAGCCACCAAGUACGGCUAUUAAGCCGACAGAGAAUUCCUCACAGUUAAACGAGCGAGCUGAACUCGAACAUCCGGGUGCGGUGCUGUUUGACUCAGAAAUACAAGCUAGUUCGUGGUCGCCUUCGAUUCACAGGUAUUUCAUAGUUUCCUUGAGUAACAGUUUCGUAGAAACCUUUCAUACGAUCAAGUUUGGGAUAUUUUAGAAGAGCAGGCAAAACCUGCAGUCGAUGCCCUUGUCGCUCCUACCCUUGAUCUUAGCGUGAUCAAUCAAAUUCCACAUCAAAACAAGAAAUUUGUUCAGGAGCGCGAUAAGGAACUGAGCGUUAUUGAGUCAACGCGCUAUACUAAACGUUACGGGUCCCCUAUGUUCGCUUCAUGA